ACGUUAGCAAACCCCUACUCCAGCUAUCCGAAAAAAGAAGCCACUCCUCCCUGCAUUUCGCUGCGGCUCCUCCACCCCCUCCCCAAACCACCACAUUCAUGCAUGGAUUCCUCCCCGGCGUCCGAUCCUCGACAAUGAUAAGAUCGACGGCCACGAUUAAUCCAGGUCAGCCCAUCAUCCUCCUCCUCCUCCAUCUCACCCCCUUCAAAGCCCCUUUCCUCCUCCUCUCCCCCAAAAAACCCUCUUCUUCCCUCGCCUCUCUCUCCCAAAACCUAACCAUAGAUACGAAACCCUCCUCUAUAAAUAACCAAAUCCUCUCCAUCCUCUCCCGCCCUGGCUGGCAGAAGAACCCCUCCCUCAGAGAGAUCGCCCCUUCUCUAACCCCAUCUCUCGUUUCUGCCCUUUUCAAUCCUCCUCUCGACGCCAAAACCGCCCUCGAUUUCUUCGACUGGAUCGGCCGUCGCCCCGGCUACCGCCACAACGCACAGUCCCACGCCUCCCUCCUCAUUCUCCUCAUCCGGUCGCGGUUCCUGUCCGCUGCUGAAAAGAUCAGGAUCUCUAUGAUCAAAUCCUGCGCGUCCGCCGCUGAUAUGUGCUUCGUAGUGGAUUUCGUCCGGAGGAUGAAUCGAGAAGGUAUUGAUGAUUUUAAAUUCAAACUGACGCUUAGAUGCUACAACAUGUUGUUGAUGUCAUUGUCAAGGUUCAUGAUGAUCGAUGUGAUGAAGGACGUUUUUUCAGAGGUUUUGGCCGACAGGAUUGCUCCAAAUAUUUAUACGUAUAAUACGAUGAUUAAUGUGCAUUGCAAGGAAGCAAAUCUUGUCGAGGCGAGGUUGUAUUUGAGCUAUGUUUUGCGCGAUGGUUUGGUGCCGGAUACGUUUACGUACACGUCUUUCAUCUUGGGGCAUUGUCGGAGUGGCGAUUUGGAUGGUGCGUAUCGGGUCUUUUGGUUGAUGCCACAAAAGGGUUGUCAGAGGAAUGAGGUUUCGUAUACGGUGCUUAUACAUGGGUUGUGUGAGGGCGGGCGGAUAGAUGAGGCUUUUGUUUUGUAUUCUCAAAUGGGUGAUGAUGGAUGUCGCCCGACUGUCCGCACGUACACUGUUCUUAUAGCGGGUCUUUGCGGGCUGGGGAGGCGAUGUGAGGCAUUUGAUUUGUUUCGGGAGAUGUUGGAUAAGGGUUGUGAGCCGAAUGUGCAUACGUACACAGUGCUUAUCGAUAGUUUGUGCAAGGAGAAUGAGCUUGAAGAUGCUGAGGGAAUGUUGAAUGAGAUGUUGGAGAAGGGUUUGGUCCCCAAUGUGGUUACUUACAAUGCUUUGAUUGAUGGGUAUUGCAAGGAGGGAAAGGUGGAUUCUGCAUUUGCAGUUUUGGGCUCGAUGGAAUUGAACGGAUGUGAACCUAAUGCUCGCACUUAUAACGAGUUGAUAUGUGGGUUUUGUAAUGACAGGAAAGUACACAAGGCAAUGGGGCUAUUGAAUAAGAUGUUUGAGCGAGGUUUAUUGCCGAGUUUGGUUACGUAUAACUCGUUAAUUCAUGGGCAAUGUAAGGAGGGUCAUAUAGGUAGUGCUUUUAGGUUGCUUGAUUUGAUGGUUGGAAAUGGUUUGGUUGCUGACCAAUGGACUUACUCUACUUUAAUAGAUGCCCUUUGCAAAGACGGGAGGAUUGAAGAAGCUCAUGCUCUCUUUGAUUCUCUCACUGAGAAAAAAUUGAAGGCAAAUGACGUGAUAUAUACUGCUUUGAUUGAUGGGAACUGCAAGGCUGGGAAUAUUGAUAGAGCUCAUUUGCUGUUUGAGAAAAUGGCUGAUGAGGGUUGCUUGCCAAACUCUCAUGCUUACAAUGCAUUGAUGGAUGGCCUGUGCAAAGAAAGAAAAAUUCAUGAAGCUUCAGCUUUGCUAAACAAAAUGGUGGAGAUGGGAGUGGAGCCCACUGCUUUCACUUAUACGAUUCUCAUUGAUGACAUGUUGAAAGGAGGUGAUUCCGACCACGCUUAUAGAAUUUUUGAGCAAAUGGUUUCUUCAGGAUGUCGGCCUGAUGCUUGCACUUACACUGCCUUCAUUCGCGCAUAUUGCAGUGAAGGAAAGUUAGAGGAAGCGGAGAGUUUGAUGGUUAAAAUGAAUACAGAAGGGGUUCACCCAGAUUUGGUAACUUAUACCACAUUGAUAGAUGGGUGUGGAAAUAUGGGAUUGAUUGAACGUGCUUUUGAUGUUUUCAAGCGAUUAACGGAUUCAGGAUGUGAGCCUAAUCGUCAAACAUAUUCCAUUAUGGUUAAGCAUCUCUUCUAUGAAAAGGGGUUCAAGAAAUUAAGUGAUGGGAUAAGUGCCGAUUCUGCUGCAGAUGGCUCCUCUAUAGAUACUGUUGAUGUGUGGAAGGUUUUGAAUAUAGAGACCGCGUUAAAGCUGUUGGAGAAAAUGACUGAACAUGGUUGCACUCCUAAUGCCAACACUUAUGAUGCCCUCACAGCAGGAUUCUGCAAAGAGGGGAGGUUGGAAGAAGCUCAACUGUUGGUUCGUCAUAUGAACGAAAAAGGAAUAUCUCCCAAUGAGGAUAUCUACACCUCACUUGUUAAUUGUUGCUGCAAGUUGGGAAAGCAUGGGGAAGCAUUAGCAUUGGUGGAUGUAAUGUUUGAAUGUGGUCAUCUGCCGCAUUUGGAAUCAUACAGGCUACUUGUCUGUGGGUUUUGUGAUGAAGGAAACGUUGAAAGGGCUAAAAUAGCUUUCUGUAGUUUGCUUCGAUGUGGAUAUAAUUGUGAUGAAGUAGCAUGGACAAUUCUUAUUGAUGGUCUUCUUAAAAAGGGCCAUGUUGAUAGAUGCUCUGAGAUGUUAGAUAUCUUGGAGAAAAAUGGUUGUCAGCCCAGUUCUCAAACAUAUGAUUUGCUGAUCAAGGAACUACCUGUUGAAAAGAAUUGUUCAUAAAACUUACGAUAGAGAUGAAUAGAGGGCUUCUUAUCACUGAAUGUGCUUCCUUGCUGCUUUCAUCUUUGGCCAAAAGAGAUCUCUUCCCUUGGGACAAGUUGAAGAUGGAGGUACUGGAUGCUCUUGCAUCAUACAAAGGUUCUUUUGUCAAAUCUUGUAUCUUGCUCUUCUAAGCUUUGUACCAUUGCUUCACUUGAUCUGCUAAAGGAAAUGGCAGACAGUUCAAUAAUGGGUUUGCUGCCUCAAGGCAUCUGGAAAGCAUACUUGUGUUAUGGCAGUGGAGAUUCUGCAGUAGUUCGGAGGGAUGAGUUACUGCAGUGCGCCGAGUAUCUGUCAUCACAUAUUUAAUAACAGAACAAGACUGUUCAAACUACACCAGGAUACAAUACUCACAUGAUGCUCCAUGAAUCCGGAUUGGAAGAUUCUGAAUAACCAUUUGCUCCUAUUUGCUGCUGUAUGCAUAUGGGUACUGUCAUAAUGCUUGUUUACUCUUGGACAUUGCUCUCAACUUUGUCUUUGUUGGGUUUGCACUGGUGAUUCCUAUUCAUUCUCUUGAUGGAUUUUGUAUGCUCUUUUUUCUUUUGAACACAAUUUCUGCUGCCAACCAAAAACAGACCUGUUAACUCUACCACACAAAAGAUCUCCCAUAAACCUAGAUGAAGAAGAACAGUUCUGUUACUUAUCCUGCUACUUAUACUUUUUUGUUGACCAUUCCAGCAGGGGGAAAAGAGAAGAAUCUCGUUGUUAUCGUGUGGGGAGAGAUGAAGAUGAUUGUCUUCUCCUCUUCGUCGCCUUACAAAAGGCAUGCACACUUGAAUUCCUUUCCAUUCAUCUAUGGACCUCCUAUGUGGAAUCCAGAAGCAGCUGCACGAGGUGAAGACAAACCCCUCACUACCUGAAUGCAUGCUGCGUCUAUAAAGGAGGAAGCUACCAUUGCCAAUUUAAACUUAAAAGAAAAGGUCCACACCGACUGCCAGAUACCAGUGGCCGCUGGCUGAUAAGUGAAAUAUCCUGCCUGAUUGCAUGGAGGCAAUGAACUGGGGUAAAGAGUGACUGUGCCAGUCCGGACCCGGCUGCAUGUAUCCGACAUGCAUUGCAAAAUUAAGAAAGAUACUGGUGCUGUAGUGGUCGGAAUACUGGAUCAUUUUUGUGGAAGAAGGAAGCGGAAAAGUUGAUGAAUGAUUCAGAUGCUUGCAUCCAAAUACGAAAAAGAAAAAAAAAAGAAGAAAAGUAACAGAAGUAACCCAAAUUCGUCCUUGCAGUUUUCCCCACCGCAAGAAAGAUUCCCGUAAUAUUGUGAGUGUAUGAUGAGAAAUGAGUCUUCUUCUUCUUCUUCUUCUUUUUAAAUGGGGAUUCUUGAAUUUUGUUAUCAGGAAAAUCCGUUUGGAGUUCUCUUUGGCUUUUUUUUUUUUCGACUUGAGUUUUUCAUUCUUUUAGUUUCAGUUAAUAAGUUACAUAACUGUAACUGUUAGCGUGUAACAUUAGAAUUCAGGAAAGAGUAGCUGGUGUAAUGCAAUUUUGUUUGAGGAACUUGCGUGAAGCAAAAUUUGAAUAGUCACUUUUCUGGCUACAAGCCUUCAAGGAUGGUUGGACAUGAUUGUUCGAUCA